UGAAGGAUGUUUAGUCAUGCAAAACACGACGGGGAAAUAAGCGUCUUUUUUUUUUGCAGUUUUAACAUGAACAAGUGACUUACUUAAAGCCCAAUAACACGUCUACAGAAAGUUGAAAUARCGAAAAUGGCCGAAGAAAAGCGUCCUAAGUACAUGAACUGGAUCUUGGAAUGCAUAAAUCUGUUGAGGAGUCGAAAAUCAAGACCCGACCUCGAGAGAAUAUGCCGUACUAUGCUAAAAUGUCACGGAGUUUCGGAAAAAGAAACCGAAGAAGACCUGCGAGCUCUUGUAGAAGCCAAAAUAGUCACMAGAAGGUCAUUCAAAGGCGCUAUAUCUUAUAGAAAUUCCGCGGGUUGGAGUAAAACACACGGGCCGGGUCGUACUUCUAGAGCCGGUAGAUGGGUCACAGAAGCAAUACGCGUCCUUGACCGAGGGAACGGUGUUAGUACACACGAUGUUGAACGAUAUGUCGAAGAAAAACAUCCAUAUUAUAGCAAUAUCAAACCACGGAUUAAACAAGCUGUUAAUGGUGAUGUCGAAAAUGGUAAACUCUGGAUGGUUGGGGAAGGACGAUAUCGACUUUUAGAGUCAGCCGAGAGCCCAGAGAGGGAAGUCUGCACAACUGAACCUGUAUGUGACUUUUGCCUUCAGACAUCAGAAUGCAAUAAAAARGGACAACCUGAAGACUUGCUUAUUUGUAGAGACUGUGGAAACAAAGCACAUCCGACUUGCAUGAAUUACUCAACUGAACUUUCAGCCAGAAUUAGAGACGAUGCCACCUCCUGGCAGUGUAUUGACUGCAAGACCUGUGUAAUAUGCAAUGAUAGUGGAGACCCUGGUAGUUUACUGUUCUGUGAUGCUUGUGAUAAAGGCUACCACAUGCAGUGCCAUGUGCCUCCUCUUGAAAUAAUGCCUUCAGGGAAAUGGAUAUGCUACAACUGUGAAAACCACCCAACAAAUCCUGCAUCUUUGGAGGAAUUAAAUGGUGUCACUGAAAUAAAAGUGGAGAGAAGAAACUCUGGAAAUAUUUCCUUGGCAGGGACMAGUAGCCAUUCCAAUGGGAAUGAAAUUGGUAACCUUUCAGGUGAUGAAGAGAUGGAAGAGGAAUGUACAGUUGAGGUCAAAGAUAUGCAUGUCCAAGUUGAUGCUGAGAAUGUUCAGCGAGAGUUGGAGAUGCUCUCACAAACAACUCCUCCCCGUACUCCUCCUCUACUAGUCCAUUCUUCAACAGCGGCCACUUCUUCCAUAGCCACAGGUACUACAACUGAAAGCAAAAAUGGUAUCCUUACAACAUUAGGAGCAAGCAAUGACCCAUCAGAUGGUUCUCAGUUAAAAGGUCCAAACACGAAUGCUGUUCUCAAGAACAUGUCMGCUGAUGCCUCCAAAUGGGCAGUCUCUGAUGUUAUCAUGUUUCUUGAGUCAGUKGGGUUCUCGCAAGAAGCUAAAAACUUUGCUGAACAGGAAAUUGAUGGAAAGGCAUUGCUAUUAAUGUCAAGAAAUGAUGUAUUAACUGGAAUGUCAUUGAAACUCGGCCCUGCCCUGAAGAUAUACGUCCAUGUGUCGAGGCUACAAAAAUGUCAACCAAAGGUUCCACAAACAAGAAUGUGACUCUUUGCUGUUUCAAUUAGGAACUGUAGAUUUCUGCUAUCUUGAACUUUUUCCACUGAUUAAAUAUAUGAAAUACAUAGAAUAGAAUGCAAAGCUGAAUGUUUUACUUCCAAGACUGAAUUUUUUACUUCAAAAUGUAAAAAAAUGUGACUUUUCUCAUGAAAUUUUGUUUGAAAUAUUGCAAAGCAAUAUUGCAAAUCGGUGCAUAUUACCUACCUGUAUCUGUAGAAAGCAGAUUUUUGUUAUUGCAAGGAUGAGUAGAAAGCUUUCACAAAUUUCAGACUUCAUUGCCAGCUGUUUUACCACACAUUUAUAGAAUUUAAAAACUUAUUUACCUCCCUUCCCCAGAAAAGAAAGCCAAAAAAAAAAAAACGCUUUCAAAGGCAGGGACACUGUAACAAAAUUUCCAAAUGACUGCAGAAGAGGUAUAGAUUGAUAUUCUCUUUGGAAGUGUAUGUUGUAAAAAUCAAGAUAGCAGAUUUCUACUGUGAUUUUGGAAUUUAMAAUAUGAAAUUUUCCCAAAAUAAUAAUCUCAUCUUGAUGAGUCUCUUUUGGGAGUUAAUCUUAACUCAGAAAAUUUAGGAUUUUGAAUUUAAAURAUAUUUAGUGUGCACUGUUGUGGACUUCGUAGUUGUACAGUAUAGUAUAAUAUUAUUCUCUAUCUUCCGUUAUAGUUAAGGCAUGAUUCAGCACCUUUUGGUUAUUUAAAAUUGAGGUCUUAUCUAAAAUUAAGUAACUUAUAGACCUAUACAAUAAGUUUUUUCUUUUACAAAAUUUGCUUUUUUUUUGCACAGUGGCAUCCCCUUCCUCCACACAGGGUGAAGCAGGGGUUACAGGCGAUGUGUCAUUCAGGCUAAAAUAAGUAUUAGUGUGUACUGUAUGAUGUAAAAAUAGAAAAAUAUGAUUAUGCUUUUUUUUCAUGAAUUCCAGGUUAAUAACUUUGAUGUGUGAUUCUUCUCUUGAAAUUUUUGGGAUUCCUGAAUGAUUGAUUUGAUUUUGUGAAUAGUUAAAAUCCAGUUAAAAUUUGUGUGCGAUGAGUGAAUUUUCUAAAUAUCCAUACACCAAAUCGAAAUAUGGGCGACCAAUUUAAAUAACUAUUGCUUUGCCCUGACUAGCGACUGACUAGCCUCGUGUCCACGUGGAAACAUAAAAGCGUUUUCACGUGUAUGAGAGGCUAGUCAGUCGCUAGUCAGUGCAGAACAAUAGUUAUUCAAAUUGGUGGCCAUAUUUUGAUUCGGUGUAUGGCAGCUUGAAACAGGAUGCCAACCUCCCCAUGUGCCACCCUGUCAACACACACUUGCAUGCAAAUAAUGGUUCCAGGAGGUAUCCAUCAUAAAUUUCUGUUGAUGGUUUUCGGCGGCCAUGUUGGAGGAACUUAACAAAAGAAUUGUCAAUGAAUUCUUUUGUUAUAUCCUCCAACAUGGCCGCCAUGUUUUUUGUUAUUUAAGGUUGAUUGAUCAUAGACCCCUUUUGUCCUCUUCUCCAAAGAGCAUCUUCAACAAAAGCUGCAAAAUUAAURAUAUUCACUCCUUUUCCUCAUUGAGAGAGGAGCUUGAUAUUAUUUUUUCCCCCAGAAAGAUACCAUAUCUGAAAUAUGACACAAAAWUACUUGUCUUACAAUUUCCUCCAAAUUGGAGAAUUUAAAAUAAAUGAUYAAAUUACCUUUAUUAUUAAUUAUUAUAAUGUUUUGAAGGUUUGAAUGCUUUAGUUGUUUAUCACUGAAAAUAAGAGUUAGUAAGAAUGUUGUUUGCUAGAUUUAGUGAGUAAAAAAAGGGCAGGAUUUGUGCAGCUUUAUCAGAACAGCAAAUCGUAGUUCCUAGUUGAAUACAUAUAGAGCUUAAUUUCCAAUUUCAAGAAAUUCCCUGAAACAUUUAUGGGUCUUUUUCAUAGGUGGAUUCAUAAAGUAAUCAAAAAAUACAAAUUUUUUCUGCUCCCAAUUUAACGGCCAGAAUCUAAGAAUUUGCUGCGCUGGCACUCACCUUUCACAAGUCUCUGAUGUAUAUAAGAUUUGAUUUCAGACUAGGUUUCACAUUAAAGUAAAGGUUGUUAGGUCUCUCCCUCGAUUCAAGGGUUUUAUCUCUGGGUUCUCUAGUCUUCCUUUCCUGCAAAAUCUAACAAGCUAAAUUCCAAUUCAAUUCUUGAUUUAACCAAGCCCUGACUUUGAUUCAUCUUYCUCUGUGACAGUUGUUAAUAGUACGUACUCAAUUGAUCAAUUUGAUGCAGUCAUGCGUUCAGUAGGUCUAUGAUCUAGUUCUGUGAGCUGCACAGUGCAACAUUUCAUAAUUGUUUUUGCAUAUUUUCUUACUAAAUAGUUUCAAAAUUUAAAGCUAAUUCUUAUAAUAUGAUAGCAAUAUUUUUGUGCAUCAUUAACAAAAUGAAUUAGGUAUUUGCUAUCAAUUUAUUACRCUUGCUAUGCUUUACUGUUGGCUAUGGACAUUUCUCAUGUGGCUGGAACAAUAGAUUUUUCCCAUUUAGGCUCACUUUGAAACAUUUUUGGAUAAGUUUACAUAGGUAUAAACUAAGACUUCAAACUACUAAUAGCACCUUGCAGUCAAACUAAGAAAACCAUAAAYACCUAAAACUUGUCUGGAAUAGUAAACUUCGUGCUCUGACCAAUCAUGUGACAGUUAAUAAUUARAACAUUCUCACAUGCGAUUGGUCAGAACAUGCUGUUUAACAUUCCAGACAUAUCUUAGGUGUUCAUGGUAUUCUUACUUUGACUGUAAUAUUCAGCUCAUGCAUUAAGUCCUCCACUGACCAUAAAUGAAAAGUGCAWUGAGACAAUGUGAAAUGCACCAAAUAAGAACACCCCAUUAUUAUUGUUAUUAAAAUCAUGGCUGCCACAUGAUAAAAAUCUCUUACCUGUAAUUAAUUGAUUUAAAUAGAUUAACAGUGUCGAUGCUUAAUAAUAUUCCUUAAURAUAUAGCUUGAUAAAUCUUAAGAGUGGGCUGCGAUGUUUGAUUGUUAUCAUUGCUAUAGCUUUUUUGUGCAUUAAUAUUCUUGUAACGAUAUCUUGCAGAAAUAAAUAAAAUGAAAAAG